AUGCUUCAGCAGCAGCAGCAGCAGCAGCAGCAGCGGCACCAGUUCCACUGGGAGCCGCAGCAGCAGCAGCAGCCGCUGCAGCUGCCCAAGCGUCGGCGACUCUCCUCGCCAGCAGCAACUGCUGCAGCAGCAACAAUAAAUUACGUCGCAGAAGCGCCUGCAGCAACAGCAGCAAGUGCAGCAGUAGCAGCAGCAGCAGCAUGCGAUGGCUCGCCAGAAUGGAGCUUUGGAAACAUAGACAUUGACUGUGCUGCUGCUGAGCCGUGUGCUGCUGCUGCUGCUUACGACAGCUGCGCAGAGGCUGCAGCAGCAGAGCAGCUGCAGCAGGAAGAGCUGCUGCUGUGGCUGGACGACGCAGCAGCGCCGGAGCUGUUGCAGCCUUUAGUAGCAGCAACAGCAAACCCGUCGACCUUCAUGCAGCAGCAGCUGCUGCUGCAGCGGCCGGUGCAUCAGCUGCAGCUGAUGCCGGGGCAAAUGCACACUGCAGCAUCAGCAGCAUCAGGUACAGCAGCAGCAGCAGCAGCAGCAGGCGCAGCAGGCGCAGCAGGAGCAGCAGGUGCAGCAGCAGCAGCAGCAGCAUCUACAGCAAUGCAGUCUGGCGGUGCUUUUACUCCGCUGGUCUCUCAGAGUGCUUUUGCUCAUACUGUAGCUGGGGCUGGAGUGCGGCAAGAAUACAGCAGCAGCAGCAGCGGCAGCAGCAGCAACAGCAGCAGCAGCGGGUCUGUAGUGGCAGGAGCUGAAGCAGCAGCAGAUGGAAAUUUCACUUCAGGGGCGGUCAGUUAUGGGGGGCUGCAGAAGACCCACAACCUCUUGCAGGUGCAGCAGGAAACGGAGGCAGCAGCUGCAGCGGCAGCGGCAGCAACAGCAGCAGCAACAGCAGCAGCAACAGCAGCAGCAGCUGCAGGAGCAUCGCGGCCUUUCAAAGGGUUCCCCUUGGCUUCAGGAGCAGAUGUGGAUUCAAGCCUGCAGGCGCUUUCCAGUUCCCGGCCCCCGCAACAACUUAGUGAAGACAGCAGCAGCAGCAGCAGCAGCAGCAGAAGCACCACUGCGUACGGCACGCACUGCAGCAGCAUCGCUUCAGCAGCAAAAGCUGCAGCUGCGGAUCCUGGUAUGGGUUCUUCGUUUGCAUCUGGAAGACAGGUGCAAAUCAGCUCACAAGCUUUAACAAGAGCCCACAAUUUGCUGCAGCAGCAGGACUCAGAUAGCAGCAGCAGCAGCAACAGCAGCAGCAGCCACCAGCGAGAAGCAGCAGCAGCAACGGCAGCGGCAGAAGCAGCUCCUGCUGCCGUGGGCUUUUCCUUUGCAUCUGGGCGGCAGGUGCAGAUCCGCCCACAGGCUCUAGCGAGGGCCCGCAGUUUGCUGCAGCAGCAAGACACAGAGAGCAGCAGCAACAGCAGCAGCAACCAGGAAGAAGAAGCAGCAGCAGCAGCUGUUGCUGAUGUGAAUUUCUCCUUUGCAUCUGGGAGGCAGCUACACGUCAGCCCGCAGGCGCUAGCAAAGGCCCGCAAUUCGCUGCAGCAGCAAGACACAAAUAGCAGCAGCAACAACAGCAGCAGCAGCAGCACCAGCAACCAGGGAGAAGGAGCAGCAGCAGCGGCAGCUCCUGCCGCUGUGGGCUUUUCCUUUGCAUCUGGGCGACCGGUGCAAAUCAGCCCGCAGGCUCUAGCGAGGGCCCGCAAUUUGCUGCAGCAGCAGGACUCAGAUAGCGGCAGCAGCAGCGGCAGCAGCAGCAGCAACCAGGGAGAAGGAGCAGCAGCAGCAGCAGCAGCUCCUGCUGCUGCGGGUUUUUCCUUUGCAUCUGGGCGCAAG